AUGCAGCAGAACCUGAAUUAUGUCUACCCCCAGAUCUUUUGGGUGGACAGCUGUGCCAGUCCCACUUGCGCUCCAUCGGCGCCCAUUGCCACCUGCCCGCCACCCGUGCCGGAGAGGAGGAGGAGAAAACAGAGCAACAAGAGGGAUGGCACAUGCCUCUGUUUCUUGGUGGUGUUUUUGCUGGUCCUGCUGGCCCUCGCUGGAGUGGGGCUGGGGAUGUUUCAGAUUGUCCAGCUGCAGAAGGAACUGGCUGAGCUCCGAGAGUUAACCAGCACCGGACAUGUUCCUUCGUCUAUGGAGAAGCGCAUAGGUGAGCCAUCCUUACCCACAGAGAAGAAGGUGAUCAGGAAGGCAGCACAUUUAACAGGCAAAGCUGAUCAGAAAGCCCUUCCUCUGGAAUGGGUGGCCACCCUUGGGCACGCCUUCACCUCCAACAUUCAAUACAGACACCGCAGCCUGGUGAUCAAUGAAACGGGCCUGUACUUUGUGUACUCCAAGGUGUUCUUCCGAGGCAAGAUCUGCAACAAUCUGCCCUUAGACCACAUGGUUUUCAAACAAAAUCCAGCCUACCCAGCUAGCCAGGUGCUGAUGGAGGACAGAAAGAUGAACUACUGUGCGGCUGGAAAGAUGUGGGCCAGGGGCAGCUACCUGGGGGCAUUGUUCAACCUCACCAAAUCAGACAGCUUGUAUGUCAACGUCUCCGAAACGGCUCUGGUUAAUUUUGAGGAAUCCAAGACAUUUUUUGGUUUAUAUAAACUUUAG